UAUAUAUUCUGGUACCGACAGCAUACAAUUCCUUCCGUGAACCUUUAUCAGUCAGCGGUCGCGGUUUCCCACAGGCGGGAGUGGUGAACUCUGUAGUUACAUCUUCGUGAGGAUUCAGCCUUUCAUGUCUCGACGAUUUGUAGUGUCUCGUUGCAGCAUUUAAUCACCAAAACGCCAAUACAAAACCCCGCCAUUCGUAAACUGGACCCGCUCUAUUCGUAAGCAAAUGAAUGGAAGAGUUUACGAUGAACUUCGGUCCGUGAGGAACGACUGUGUUUUUACAUAGUAAAGUGCAUCACAUGCCAAGAAAAUAACGUUUAUAAACAAAGGAAGUUAUUUCUAUAAGAAAUCAAGACGUUCUGUCACACUGCAGGAUGUAUCGCAUAAUAUAUCUACUUCCUUUUGCUGUCAGUCUUCUGUCAAGUGCUGUUACCAACAGCCCAGUGCUUGAGGUACCCACAACAAGGUCACCUGCUCCACAGCCAACAGCGGAAACGAACAUCAUUGGCGGGGACAUAGCGACGCCAGGAUCGACGCCGUGGCUGGUCUCUAUCAGAGAUGCCCAGUAUUAUCCUCCGCCCCACUUCUGCGGAGGAACCAUCCUCAACAACUUCUGGAUUCUGACAACCGCUUCCUGCGUCACUUCGUCUUCGUAUGAUUUGCUGGUUGUUCUGGGCGAGUACAACAUGGAUGAGCAAGAAGGAUACGAGAAAACCAGGACUCCCUUGCUCUCCAUUAUCCACCCGAAGUAUACUUACUUCAGUAUACACGCUUACAAUGUAGCAUUGCUGCUUGUGCCUUACUUUUCUUACGGAGAGAGGAUUCAGCCAGCGUCUCUUCUGCCAAAGUUUGACGACAAGAGACACAGGUUGGCCCAGCGGUUUACUGACGGCAAGAAAGAAGAGAAAGGGAAGUUCUCGUGUAACAUCCGGGAUACAAAGUGGGAUAUACAAGGAGUGGAAGGCCUGAUCGCCGGGUGGGGUCGUACGAACUCCGAAGAGUCCUCCUCGGUCGUCAUGGAGGCACACCUAACCAUCCUAUCGAACGACUCCUGCCAGGGUGCUUAUCCCGACGACGACAUGGAGUCUCUCAUGUGCGCCGCCGACGUGACACACGGCGGGGUCGGCGCUUGCCAGGGUGACUCAGGAGGGGGACUGAUCAGCACGGACGGAUACAUUCUAGGCGUCUAUUCCUACGCAGAGCCUUGCGCCUCGGAUGAAUUCCCGGGAAUAUACGUCAACAUGUCGGUCAUUCAGGAUUGGGUGUGUUCUAUCAUCCGCUUUCACCACCCGAAGAGGCUGUUGGCGGACGCUACGGACUACAGAAUACACUCCUUUCGUCCGUCAUUAGAUUAAGUUAUAGACUGCAUUAUGUAAUGCGAGUUACGUGUCUUUAUUUCUAAAAUUCUCUCGCUUUGUCUCUCUUAUUUAAUAUAUCAUUCCGAGGUGAAAACAAGUUACAGAACGAACGUCGGAUCCAAAAACGGGACUCGUCUCUA